AUGGGAGACUGGAGUUCGCUGGGGAAACUGCUGGAAAGUGCCCAGGAACACUCCACUGUUGUGGGCAAAGUUUGGUUGACGGUGCUGUUUAUCUUUCGCAUCCUGGUGCUCGGAACCGCUGCUGAGAAGGUUUGGGGGGACGAACAGUCCAGCUUUAUGUGUGACACCAAGCAGCCCGGUUGUCAAAAUGUCUGCUAUGACAAGACCUUCCCCAUUUCUCACAUUCGCUUCUGGGUAAUGCAGAUCAUCUUUGUCUCCACUCCCACACUCAUUUACUUGGGCCACAUACUUCAUCUGGUGCGCAUGGAGGAAAAGGUGAAGCAGAAGGAGGAGGAGCUCGCCACCCAGAAUGAAAAAUUGCCCAUCAUCAAGGCCAAGAAGUUGGCCAUCAAAGAUGACAAGGGCCACGUGCGCUUGCAAGGGGUGCUGCUGCGAACCUAUGUCUUCAACAUCAUCUUCAAAACACUGUUUGAGAUGGGUUUCAUCGUAGCUCAGUACUUUCUAUAUGGAUUUGAACUUAAGCCAAUGUACACCUGCGACCGCUCACCUUGUCCCAAUGUGGUCAACUGCUAUAUCUCAAGGCCCACAGAGAAGACCAUCUUCAUCCUCUUCAUGCUAGUGGUCGCCUGUCUCUCUUUAUUGCUCAACCUGGUGGAGAUGUAUCAUCUGGGCUUCACAAAAUGCCAUCAGGGACUCCGUUACAAACGGUCACAUGAUGCAAAUGUGGCCUCCAAGACCCCAAGUGAGCCUGUCAUGCCCUUUGUCUCAAACUACAGCUACUUCAGCAGUCACGCUGCAGACCUUGAACCUUUGCACUCUCAAAUUACACACUCGAAUUACAGCAUGACAGAGCCAAACUCAGCUUACAACCCAUACAACAGCAGAGCAGUUCACGAACAGAACAGAGACAACCUAGCUGUGGAGAGAAAAGGCCGACCAGGGGGAGACGAUGUAAAGGAGAAGAAAAGCUCCAGUCCUGUCUUUGAGCUACCUCUUGAAAACCAACGUCGAAACAGUCAGUCAAGCAAGCACAGCAAUAACAAGACCAGGCUUGAUGACCUGAAAGUCUAG